AUGGCGGAGAUCCGGACGCGAGCAAACACCUAUAUCCUGGACGAGGAAGAUGAUGCUUUCAAGCGAAGGCGCGCGGAAAAGGAGAAGGACGGCGAACCAGGGGACGCUUCGCCGGAGGAAAAGCGGAAUAAGGAGAGGGGAGAGGGCAGCAGAAAGCGAGACAAGAAGGUGAGGACAGGGGAAAAAGCUGCGAAGGAGCCAUUGUACCCUAAGAGAGAAAAUUUUGAGCGCCGCAGACCGUGGCAUCAAGCUGACCCUCGCAGGCGAGAGGUCAAGGCAACUCACGCGGUUGAGGAGGGAGAGAAAGAGGCUGACCCGCCCCGAGUGGUGUUGGAUAAAACAAAGUGGUGCGAGUACCACCGCUCGGCAGGCCACGACACGGGAGAUUGCUUUACCCUGAAGAACGAGAUUAAGAGGCUCAUUCGAGCGGGACGAUCACAGAUGAACGACCGUGGCUAUCGGUGGAAUGGAGAGCGGCAGCAAGUGAACCGGUACAAAGGGGGCCGUCAGCAGGAUGACCGCAGGCGGGACGACCGCCGACGCAUGCCAACCGCUGACAAGAAGGAAACACUGGCAACAAGGAAUAAGGGGCGGAGGAAACCUUUAAUAAAGACCUUGAGCCGCCAAUUGGGACAAUAA